CUUUGGAGUGGUUACAGGAUGAAAAAUCACUGGAUGAAAGCAAUAAGGCAAGCACAAGGAAGCUACAAAGUGCAGGGGGAGAGGAGAAAACCUUCAGCCUGAGCAGUGAGCUUAGGCCAAAUAUGACAUUGUGGGCAAAAGGCUCAACUUUUACCUGCAAGGCUAACCCCAAUGAUGAUAAAUAUAACAGAACAAUAAACAUUUGUCACACUCUUCCAAAGUCCCCUACCUUCAUUCACUUGGAGAUUCCCAGCUUCAUGACUGUAAUGACCUCAGAUACUAACAUUCAAGCAAAGUGUUUGGUCCACACUCACUUUGAUGCCAUGAUCACCUGGCUGAUUAAUGGCACAGCUGUGAAUGAAAAAAUGACCAAAGAGAAUAAUGGAACUCAUAUAAUCAGUAAUCUUACAGUUUCCUCGACUGAAUGGAGGACAGCGAAGAAUGUAACAUGCAAAGCAGAGCACAAGUGCUUCACAUCUGCUGAGAAGACCAUAAAUAUUGCAGGUUGUCCAGUUAAGACUCCAUUGGUGAAGAUCAGGCGAUCUCUCACAGAUCUGCCGAAGAGAGACAGUGCAGUGUUCGAGUGUGACAUCAAAGAACUGUCCUCAUGUGACCUCUUCAUCACCUUAGAAGUCAAUGGUGGUCAAAUGCUUGAACAGAAAUAUUAUAAUUUUGCUGAAGGCUCAGGCCCCCUUUCAAUCAGUAGUCAAUUCAUUGUCCCUCAGAAGUACUGGAUGAAAGACCAAACCUUUACCUGCAAAGUGUUUCAAGGCUUUUCUCAAACUUUUCACUCAAACUCCAUCAGCAAUAUUUUUGUGGACCCAUCCAUGGAGCUUCUUCUGGUUCCCAGUAAAGGUUCAGAAUCAAAGACUCUUUCAUGCUCUGGAUGGAGCUUCAACCCUCACAUUAAAUGGUUGUCUGAGUCUCAGGAAAGGUCUCCAAAUUCCACUAAUAUCAGCAUGAGUGAAGAUGGACGUGUUAGAGUAACGAGUCAACUUGUAAUUGAUCGAUCUGAGUGGAAAAAAGGGAAUAAUUUCACCUGUGAAGUGUCUGACAGGUCUCUGAACACACGUAUCACAAAAACAAUCAGUCUCUGUUCAGAAACUCCAUCAUCAUCACAGCUAGUUGGGGUUUAUGUCCAGGGACCACCACCACAGCUGAGUGAGAACAAAGGACAUGUGACUAUUACCUGCCUUCUGGUCGGCCCUAAUCUUAAUGAUUUCUCCAUCACCUGGAAAGUAAGUGGCAGCAAAAUUCCUGAGGGUUAUGGUGUCCUAACUAAUCUCCCAAAGAGUCAUAACAAUGGAACAGAGACUCGACAGAGCUUCCUUAAUGUGUCAGCAGAGGAUUGGAAUGCACAUAAACAAUUUUCUUGUGAAGGAAAACAUCCAUGUUCCGAUCAGGGGAAUAAAGACCAUAUAAGCAAAAGCAGAGACCCCCUUGUGCCAACAGUGAAGAUAAUACAACCAACUGCCUCUGAACUUUCUAAGUCUGACAUCCUAACACUUGUUUGCCUAGUGUCUGGAUAUUUCCCUGCUAACAUCAUAGUGUACUGGGAAAAAGAUGGCCAGACUCUCCCAUCCUCGCAUUAUGUUAACAGUCCUCCAUGGAAAUACUCAGGGAGCAGCUACUCUGUGAGCAGCAGACUAAACAUAUCCAAAACUGAAGACAAAAGGUCUAUGUAUUCCUGUGUUGUCAAACACGAGUCUUCUGAAGAUCCUGUUGAAGACACUAUAACUGAUGUGUUUGCCUCAGUGAUCUACAGCCAGCCAUCAGCCUACUUGUUUCAGGGCUCUAAUGAACUUGUGUGCCUGGUCUUUGGCUUCAGCCCUGUAUCCAUUAACAUCACUUGGUUGAAUGAAAACACAGAAUUGCUGAAUUACAACACUAGUGAGCCCCACAGAGGCCCAGAUGGAAAGUUCAGUGUCCAGAGCCACCUUGACCUGUCCCAAGAAAAAUUCUUACCUGGGGUGGUCUUCACCUGCAGGGUGAUCCAUGCCAACACCACCCUGUCCCUGAAUAUAUCAAAACCAGGUACGAUGGAUUACUGUAAUUUAUUUGACAACAUUUUGCAUGCUGAUGUGAAUCAAGACACAGCUGAGGAAAGCUGGAAUGUGGUUUUCACCCUCAUUGGUUUUUUCAUCACCGCCACCAUAUAUGGUAUCAUAGUUACAUUGAUUAAGACUAAAUGAUGAUGUUCACAGGACGGUUCCUGUGUUAUGAAUGAAAUAUGGAAAUUCUGGGGGUUUUAACAGCACCUGCCCUGACUAGUUUGAACAUGUAAUGCUUUGUGUUUCCAUUGUUAUUAAUGGCAUUGUUUAUGCUUUACAAUUUUUUGUCUGUGUUUUAGUUUUGUGCUAGAUGUGACAUGUAUGUAAGACAAGUGAGAAA